AUGCGCGAUCGUUGCUGUUGCCAGUAUCGAAUUGAGUGUGGCUCAAAGCGAGUCGCUGGCGGCUGAAGGAAAAAUAUCUUACGUCAAUUUUUUUUUACAAUAAUAGCAAUAAAAAAGUGUACAAAAUAUUACAAACUAUUAAUAAAUGUAUAGAAAUUCAAGUGCACAGUUGGAACAACAAUUGGAAGUUUGCCAAAUACAAAUAAAACUCGAAGAAUUUGUAAAAGCUAAACUCGUUUUAAAAGCGGCUCACACAGACACACACACAUACAAGGACAGUCUGCCAAAUACACUCAACUCAAAGAGGGAACUCAACGUUUGUUGCUGCCAAAACGAGACGAAGUCAACAAUUAAAGAAAGAAGUUCAACGAGCGGGGAACGGGGAGGGGCAAGUUAUGAAUCAUAGCCAAGUGGCUACAAAGAAACAGCUUCAGAAGAGCCACAAAUAUAUUGAAGAUACAUCAGUGCUCGUUAACGUUAUGUAAACAUCAGCAACAACAACAAUUGACAUAAACAAAGUCUAAAUAAUUAUAAAUCAAAUCAAGCAAUUGGAAAUCUUCGAGAAAAGUUAUCAUUGAUGUCAGCCAAGGAAAUGCGUCCAUUGUCUCUGUCCAUUGGAGCCUCAUUGCUGCCAAGUUUCUCACUGGUGACUUCAGCUGCAGGUCAGAAUAUCCAAGGAUCGACUUUAAGUCGAGAUUGUCAUGGCAAGAUCUGUAAUGCCGUGGAUGAGUUUUGCUCCCCUUUUUCCGAGAGCUGUGCGCAUUGUAGCACCAUUUGUGAUGCCAAAUCGCAUAACUAUCAUGCGGAUAUGUGUGCCAAGGAAUGCUCAGCCUACAACCAAUAUGAGCCACUUAAAGCCGAGAUCAACAGUAUAAAGAACACACAGCAUCUCAUACUGUUGCUGUUGAGCAUACUUUUAAUACUGAUUGUCAUACGUUAUCUGGUCAAGUUCCUGAGUUGGCUGCGACACAAGCGGUGUAUUCAGAAGAUGCUGGCCAGACUGCUGUCCAAGCCAUAUCAGAGCAAUGCCAAUGGCAAGGAUCUAAAUGCCACGACAAUACAGAAUCUCAGUGCCAUACACCAUGACAUUGAGCGGGCGCCCUCAAAUAUCUACAGUGUGGCAGGCGCUGCUGAAGGCUCUGUGAUGACCAUGGCGACUCCGGUGAGCACCCGUUAUCCGGCCGAAAAUAGCACAACACCAACAACUGUCGUCACUGAAAUUGGCUAUGGAUAUGGCUACGAUAAUCAGGCUAUGGUUGUAACGCCGGUCGCUGAUAAGCCUGCACCGAGUACACCGGCUGCUUUCUAAGUUUUAUCAUCUUAAAAAAUUCACACAGCUGCAAAAGCAAAUUAAACAGUGUGCAUCACAUUGAAACUAGUGAUAUUUUAUAUUUUGUAUACAUAUAAGCAAUUGAUAUAAUGAAUACAGCUGAAAAAAUACAUACCUUAAGUUAAUUUAUGAAUACAAUGUCCUUAAAUAUAAAUAAGCAUUGCCUAAUAUAAAGUAAACAUUUAAAUCCAA